AUGUCGGCACGUGAAGAUAUGAGGGCCAAGGUGGCCCUCGCAAAGGUUGACACUAGCGAGUAUGAUGAAAAAGAACACGUCAGCUCUGCUCCUCUUCGGAGAAGAGAGUGUCAUCCAAGUUCAGGAGGAAGUCCUGAUGUCUUCACUAUUUUAUAUCUUCCUAUCCAUUCCACAUCCUCAGCAUAUCACAGACAGGAGGUUGUCAGUCCAUGGAGGAGCCUUAAGAUCUAUUCUCAGAAGAGAUAUUAUCCCAGGGGGAGAACUGUCAGCUCUGUGUCUUUGAAUAAGAUGGUGUACACCCAUGGAAACCCAAUGAUCUGGUGUGAUGUCAGUGUUGACAGUGUGAUAGGAUUCAGAAUUGACUGGGAGAUGGUUGGCCUCCAGCAUACCUGUGAGGGGUUAUUUAGAUUAGAGAUGAGCCAGGUUGGAGAGAAGCAUGUAGAAGCAGUGAUCCAGCAUCUCCCAGGUAUGACCUAUGAGACCCGGUUCACAUACUAUCUGAAGAUCAGCAAACCAUCCAACAGCCCCAAGAAGAUUGUUUGGAUAGACUGUGGAAUUCAUGACAGGAUGGAUUGCCCUGCUUUUUGCCAUUGGUUUAUGAAAGAGCUUCUACAGAAUGAUAAAGACAACAUGAGGACCAGCAGGCUCCCUAAGGAGCUAGACUUCUACGUGCUUCCUGUCCUCAACAUUGAUGCUGCUCUAAGUAAGAUCAUGUCCACAGACCCAGCUCAUCUGCUCAGGAACGAAAGGUCAAACGAGCCCUCAAUUUUCCAGGAAGCGUUUUCUAUGUUUGAGGGCCACCUCAUGGUUCCUCUGUUUCAUGAUCCUCUCUGGAGGAAGUCCCACUCAUCCCAUAAUAAUGGCACAUGUCAUGGAAAUAGCAAUCAAAAUUUCAUUGUCUCCUGGUGUAGUAUCGGCGCAUCCACAAACUGCCAAGAUUUAACAUUCUGUGGGAGAGAAUCAAUGUCGGAAUCAGAGACUAAAGCAGUCUCAAGCCUUAUAGAAAGCAGAAAAGACACCCUGUGCUUCCUGACCAUGCAGUCUUAUGGGCAGCUUACUAUCAUACCAUAUGGCUACACCAAAAAUAAACCAAGUAACUACGGAGAACUAAUUCAAGUUGGACAGAAGGCGGCAAAUGCAUUGAAAGCAAAGCGUGGAACCAAUUAUAGAGUUGGAUCAAGUGCAGAUAUUUUCUUCCAAGGUCAGGGAUCCUACAAAGACUGGACUCGAGACAUUGUCCCCUUCAAAUACACAGUUGAGCUGAGGGUCAACACUACCCAUGGUUUUCUUCUGCCUGAAGCCUGACUCCAGCCCACUUGUGAGGAAACCAUGGAAGCUCUGCUUUCACUCCUUGAUGGUGAGUAUGAGAAUUACUGGUCGCCAGCAGCGCCAGGAAGGACAACCACAAACUUUUUCACUUCUUGUGAAGAAAUCCUAAAGGAUAAGAGCAUGAGCUGUUCCUUGCAGCUGAAGUGUGAGCGUGAGGAAGUGAUCCAGGUCGCCUCCAUCACUAGCAAACCUGAUGGCUAA